GAGGGUGAGGCAUGCUUUCUCUCCCUGCCUCUCUCCUCUCUCUACCCAUGGCGCUUUUGCAGCUCUGAAUCCACUUUGGCUCCGAACAUUGGCAGCAGCGCCCGUUGCCUCCGCUCCACACACACACAAACACGCUCUCAAACACACUUUUGCGAACACAACGUGGACCAGACCGGCCGGAGAGAUAUUUUAUCAAGCGUUUAUGUGUGAAGAAUGUAGAGCCAGAGGUGGGGGCAGGAUGGAGUGCUCCUGGAAGACGGUGCUGCUGCUGGUAUGUGCAUCUCUGGGGGUCCAGUACACGGCCAUCCGGACCCUGAGGGACUCGCUCUCUGGACCCUGUCAGGGAGCCUACCGCUGCCAGAGCAGACACCGUGGAGAUUCCAGAUGGGCGACCUCGUGCGACGACAGCUGGGCGCAGACGGACUCGCCCAGGAAGCACAUCCUGCUGUUCGCCACCACCCGCAGCGGCUCCUCCUUCACCGGGCAGAUCCUCAACCAGCACCCCGGGGUCUUCUACGUGUUUGAGCCUCUCUACCACGUGCAGCAGGCCUUCACCAACUCCAGCAGCAGGCUCCGGCGCAGCCUGGACCGCCGGGCCCUGCUGGGAGCGUACAGGGACCUCCUCCUCAACCUGUACACCUGCGAGCUUCACUUCAUGGAGAACUACAUUCGGCCCGAGCCCCAGGAUCACGUGACCAGCUCCUUCUUUCGCCGGAGCUCCAGCCGCGCGCUCUGUUCUCCCCCCGUGUGCGUGGAAACGGGGGAUAAGAUGUCCCCCGAUCCACCCGAUGAAACCUUGUGCGCGAAGAAGUGUGGGCCGCUGAACCUCACCUCGGCCUCCGCGUCGUGUCUGUCCAGAGAACACGUUGCCAUAAAGUCGGUGCGAAUCCCCGAGGUCGGGGACCUGCGCACUCUGACCGAAGACCCACGCCUGGACCUGAAGAUCAUCCACCUGGUCAGAGACCCCAGAGCCAUCUUGGCGUCCCGCAUGAUAGCCUUUUCCGAUCAGUUUCGUGCUUGGAAAAUAUGGAACGCCACCGGAAGGCAGCCCCGUUACGUGGACCUGUCACAGAUAACCAGCACCUGUAAGGACAUGGCGGCCUCUGCAGGAACAGGUCUCCAGAAGCCCUCGUGGCUGCACAGACGCUACCUGCUGGUGCGGUACGAAGAUCUGGCUUUCAGCCCACAGGUCAAAGCCAGUGAGAUCUACAGGUUUGUGGGGCUGGAGAUGCACAACAGGGUGAGGACGUGGAUUGCAAAGAACACCAAUAGCAACGCGUCCUCUCCGUCCGAGUGGAAUUAUCGAUACUCCACCACCAGAGACUCCAGAGCGGCAGCAGAAAACUGGAGACUUCGUCUGGGCUUUGAUAUCGUCAGAACGGUUCAGAAUCUGUGUAAUGACACUCUGGCGCUGCUGGGAUACAGGCUGGUGCACUCCGUGGCUGAACUUCGAAACUUGUCACAUAGUUUAGUGGAGCAGGGGACGUUUCAGUCCGUCACAUGAUCAUUUUGAAAAUGGUCAAUGAAAUAUUUAUUAUUUAUGGCUGCAUUAAUGCUGAGUGUUCUGUCAGUUAAUAUGUUUGUGGAGCUAUUGUGACUCAUAAUUGAAUGAUGUAUCUGGUCAGUGUUGUUAAAGAAAUCAAAA